UCUUCACUUGAAAACCACAAUUACUAACAAGGAAAUGAAUACUUGUCCGCAUUUCUUUACAAAAUAACAAGUAUUCUGCAGUAACUAAGUAUGUUGGACAAUCCACAGACAGAGGAAGAGAAUUUACAAGUGCUGCAGACAGAUUUGUAUGAACUGACAAAAGACUAUGGCCAGUAUUUACAGGUGGAUGCUUCAAAAGAGAGACAGGCUUUCUACAACAGUAUAGAAGAGAUGUUAACAAAACUGGAUGAGUUUGGUGGUUUAGUUGACACAAUCAGAAGUGACACAAGUUUAUGUGUAGAUAAAAAUGUUCGAGAGAUACAGGCAAAGUGUGCGGACAUGAAACAAAUUUUUACACGAAUUGACCAACUGGAGGCAUUUGUGCAAAUUGUACGUGAAGAUGUGAACAGUAUGGAAGAAUGUGUAAACAAGGCUGAGAAUGAAAUGGGAUCCUUUAGUAGCUUCAGGAAAAUGUUCUCCUCUUUAGUUGGUGGUAAGAAGUCGGGCCAGAAUAAGGAGGAAAGGACAGAGUUUGUUGCUCCAGAAAUAUUUGUAACAGAACAAUAUUUGCAUCCUGCAUCAAAUACUCAACAGAUAGAUCCUGAAGUACCAGAAGUCGAUAAAAGUCAAGACAUUCCAGAUCCUGUAAUGCCAGAAGUGGAUAAAAGUCAAGAUAUUCCAAAUGUUAAACCACCUGCAGACACUUAAGGAAAUUUGUCUCUUCUUGAAUAAAAGCUACUGUGAUUUUAAAAUUGAAAAUACUGAUAGGAAAAAAGUGUUAGAGUGUACAGUUACUGUAGGAAGAAAAACAACGGAUACAUAGUUGUAGUUAGUAAGUGAUAAAGGUAGAAAAUAUACACCAGGAUACCAAAUAAAUUAGAAAUGGAAAACUUAAAUAUCUUAAGUACCUUAAAUAGAAAUUAUAGGUACCACUACAGAAGCACGCUGUAGAGAAAUCACUUAGAAAACAAUUUGAAAAAAUUUAAUCUUUUAGCUCUUGUCUUAAUUUCAGAGCUUUUGGCAUUGUACUGUGAUUCUGAUUAUAUGUUUUAUGUUGUA